GAUUGGGAGAGAGGGACAGAGGGAGCCGGGCCGGGCAGGGUGCGCUGCACGAAAAUGCACUCGGAUGCCGCCGCUGUCAGAAAAACACAGAAUAAUUUCUGACCAGUUCACGUGCUUUGAAGCUCUUCCAUUCAGUUCUACCUAGUAUUGUUUGACUAGCCAGAGUGGAACUUAAUUGAACAUUUAAUGUGGAAGAAAAAUCUAGCACCCUGUUCAGGAUCAUCUUACUUGAUAUCAAAUUUUCAACUGAACUCUCACCUAUCAACACUGGCAAAUAUUCACAAGAUUUACCACACCCUCAAUAAGCUGAAUCUGACAGAGGACGUUGGUCAAGACGAUCACCAGACAGGAAGUCUUCGGUCUUGCAGUUCAUCAGACUGCUUUAGUAAAGUGAUGCCUCCAAGGAAAAAGAGGAGACCUGCAGCAGGAGAUGAUUUAUCUGCUAAGAAAAGUAGACAUGAUGGUAUGUAUAGAAAAUACGAUUCAACUAGAAUUAAAGCAGAGGAAGAAGUCUUUUCAAGUAAGAGAUGCUUAGAAUGGUUCUAUGAAUAUGCAGGCACUGAUGAUGUUGUAGGGCCAGAAGGUAUGGAGAAAUUUUGUGAAGACAUUGGAGUUGAACCAGAAAAUGUAGUUAUGCUUGUAUUAGCAUGGAAAUUGGAUGCACAAAACAUGGGUUACUUUACAUUACAGGAGUGGUUAAAAGGAAUGACAUCACUACAAUGUGAUACCACAGAAAAAUUGAGAAAUUCUUUGGAUUACUUGAGAUCUUUAUUAAACGAGGCUACCAAUUUUAAACUUAUUUAUAGAUAUGCAUUUGACUUUGCACGGGAAAAGGACCAGCGCAGCCUAGAUAUCAAUACUGCCAAGUGUAUGUUGGGGCUUCUUUUAGGAAAAACAUGGUCUCUUUUUCCAGUGUUUCACCAGUUUCUGGAGCAGCAAUCAAAAUAUAAAGUUAUCAAUAAGGACCAAUGGUGUAACGUGCUUGAAUUCAGCAGAACAAUUAACCUUGACCUCAGUAAUUAUGAUGAAGAUGGAGCCUGGCCAGUGUUGUUGGAUGAGUUUGUGGAAUGGUAUAAAGGAAAACAGAUGACAUAGGAGUUUAACUAUGCACAGCCACUCAAGAGUCACUGUUACCACAGUUAUGUCAACCAUUAGCCAUAAACUGCUGUUUGUAUCAAAGUGCAUGCUGCUUUUCUUGCACUGCGUCCCUCUUGCAGGGAACUUUUGGUGUUUGCUAUUUAACAAGCCAGCUAUGCUUGCUGUGUAGCAUUGUUCUCUUUGAAGGCUGCUUUGCAUUCUGUAUUUACACUACAAAAUAGUGAACUUGCCAGCGUCUUCACUGUGAUUAUGUGUAUAUUGCUGUCUAAAUUUUGUAUAUGUGUAUAAAAAAAAAGCUUCAACUAGGGAUUAUUUCUGCAGAAAUGUAUUGUAAAAACAAUUUUGUGACAUAUUUCUAAUCACUUAUGUUCAUUGAAACUUUAGUUAUUUUGUUUUUCUUUUGGUCUCAAAUGUAGCAUUUCAGAAAAUGGAAUGGUCAGACUGCUUGGACAUAGUUACGAUGAAGAACUAUUGUCAGUUUUAAUGUUACUGUUUAAGAUGCCAAUUUCUGAGGGAAGAAGAUACGCUGUGACUUUCUUCAGAGGAAUUCACCAAACAUGAUCUUCUGCUUUAAUAAGAAUGAAACAUCAGUGUCUUAAAAGAAAAAUAUAUAUAUAUAUAUAUAUAUAUAUAUGUGUGUGUGUGUGUAUAUAUAUACAAAUCAAAUAUAUAUACAUACACACACACACACACACACACACAUACACACACACUGUAAUAGUUGUACAUGCCACAGAUGAUUUCUAUUUGAAGAAGAAAGUACUGACUUUUUAAUGUUAAAACUGCAGUAGUUUCAUUACAGGUACAAAUUAAGAAAUUAAAGUACCUUUUAAAAAUGAAUUUUAGACUUUCGUAAAUUCCCUUUGGCAUAUUUCUUUUAAACUUCGGUGUACUAAGUGUUUGGACUAUGUUGCGAUCUAGUGAAAUUAAAAGCUUUAUCUAAAAUUAGUGGUUGGUCUGCUUAGCCCAACCUACAGUUAAUAUAGGUUUUGGAUUUCUUUGUAAUGUUAGUCUUUCCCAUGGUCUAUAAUUUUGAUUCUGAGUAAUUAAAAAUAUAUCGAGUAGUCAAAAAAUUACUUUUUCUUUCAUGCUGGGGAUUGGAAUUUCCUAGCAAAAUGCCCAUUGCAGGCGAUGGGCACAUUAAACACCAGCAUUAAAUGACAAUACUUUUUAGAAGGGACCACUUUCUGUUUCAUGUAUUUCUUUGAUUAGCACAGUUUUAGUGAUUGUGUGGGGAAAAUGAGUGAAUGGAAAGGUGUAAAACUUCUAUAUUUUUGUCAUGUUGGCUUUGCCUUACUUGUCUUUAUUGAAUAAUAUUACUGUUGACUUUUUCAGGUUCUGAAGUAUCCGGUGCUAUUAAACUUUGAUCCCUGAGGAUUUAUAAAAAUGUUCUGUAUUAUUUCAUGGAACAUUUAACAAGGACCAGCGGAUAUUUUGGAAUAAAAAAUAACAUUACUUUACUGUAGAAGUAUUUUAAAA